UAACUUUGAUCGGACGUGUUUUUUGCAAAGUGGCUGGAUGCAAAAAAGUGGACAAAAAGUGCAAUGUUUAACGGUUAAAUGCGUUAAGUGAAGUGGCGAACAACAACAACAACAGUGCGAUGCCGGUCAAAUUGAUUUAAUUGAUUUUCGGGCAGCGCAACAGCAGAGCAGCAACAACAAAAACACAAAUCCCCCGCAGUAUAUAUAUACACACACACACUCACACCCGAAGAUAUGCACUAAUCAAAGGACGCAAGCCGAAAAAAGGAAAAACAAACACAAAGAAGCAGAAAAAAGAAGAGAGCGCAGCUUUUCCAGAAAUUGGGUCGCGCCUUCCAAGCUUCAAAGAGCUGUUGUUGUUGUUGCUGGUGAAUUUUAUUUGAAUUUUCAUAUUUUUCUGUUUUGUUGUUGUGUGCAUUUGUUGCUGUCGUUUGUUGUUGUUGUGGUGGUGGUUGUGUAUUGUUGCUGGCAGCUAAAUGUUAUGGCAACACUUGCAACUUGCAUUUGUGUGGAGUGAGAAGUGGAAAGCGAAAGGAUAAUAACAAUACGAGAAGGGAAAUCGCAAGGAAGCCCUAUAUCUCCACCAGAAAAUCCUGGCACAAUUAAUGGCAACUCUACGCUUUUGUGUUUGUGUAGAGUGAGCCAGCGGAGUAGCUCGAAAUCAAAAGGAAGCCACUGCUGAUUCGGCCAGCCAGUCAGGAGCCUUAAUCUCCACCAGAAACUGUUCAGCUUCAGAGCCCGAUCCCCCGAAGCAACAUUCCCGAUCCGAUUCCGUUCCGCAAUAUGAGCGUCGUGGGCAAGCAACUGAAUCCCGUGCAAUCCUCGAGCGCAGCCGUCGCUGCCACAUCCUCCUCCUCCUCGGCCGCCGGAGGUCCCACAUCGUCCAGCAGUGCAGCGGAGGCCAACGGCGGUAGUGGGGGAUCCGCGGGAGCAACUGCGUCGGGCGGUGGCGCCUCCGGCGACUCCAAGCGAUCCGUGGAGCCAUCGAGCGUGAGUCCCGACGAGGUGCUCCACCUGACCAAGAUCACGGACGACUAUCUGUGCUCCGCCAACGCAAAUGUGUUCGAGAUUGACUUCACGCGGUUCAAGAUCCGCGACCUGGAGAGCGGCGCCGUGCUCUUCGAGAUCGCCAAACCGCCGAGCGAGCAAUAUCCGGAUGGACUGUCCGUGGAGGAGACGAUGCUGGCGGCAGCCGAGGAACUGUCGCUGGAGGACACUGCCGAUCCAAAUGCCGGUCGCUAUGUGCGCUAUCAGUUCACGCCGGCCUUUCUCAACCUCAAAACUGUGGGAGCCACUGUGGAGUUCACUGUGGGCAGCCAGCCUGUGAACAACUUCCGCAUGAUCGAGCGCCACUUCUUCCGCGAUCGCCUGCUAAAGACCUUCGACUUUGAGUUUGGCUACUGCAUUCCAUAUUCGAAGAACACGUGCGAGCACAUCUACGAGUUUCCUAACCUUCCACCCGACCUAGUGGCUGAGAUGAUAUCGAGCCCCUUUGAGACGCGCUCGGACAGCUUUUACUUUGUGGAAAACCGACUCGUCAUGCACAACAAAGCCGACUACGCCUACGAUGGCGGCAUUAUAGUCUAGUAACCCAACUAAACAGUCUAGAAAUGAGAGUGAAGCGACACUGCAACUAGAGCAAAACUAAUAACUAAAGAACUAAAAACUACAAAAGCUGUGAGACAACAUCAAUGACUUGUCACACAAACAACACACACUCGAAACACUCGAAGACACCCACUUCCACUAACAGUUCACAAUCACACUCACAACACAUCGAAUCAAGGAAUAUUAUCACAGCCAUUUUAGCCUUAGCACAAAAGUUUUACCCACCAUUCCUGUUUGAUGUAUUUAGCAAGGAUAACGACUCCUGUACACACGAAAACCAAACAAAAAAAACCACAAGGAAACAUAAACACACACUGAAGCACGCGGACUGUGUUCAUUUAUCAAUGAUUUAAACUUCGACUAUAUAAUUUUAAGUGCAAUGUGAUUUCCCCUGAUUUAUAUCUGUAUUUAUACACAUUUAUUUAUUCCUAAUAAGUAAGUAAACUCACACACACCCAACAAGGAACAUACAUAUAUAUAUCUAUAUAUAUAUAAAUAUAUAUAUAUAUACGUACGUAUACACACACGAAACCUAAGAAAUACGAAUUGAAAAUUUUCGAAAAAUUGAGAAACACACUUGCUGUCAAUUUUUGUGUGCAGCAUACGAUCAUUCGAGAUCUAUCAGCUUUUCCUCAUGGAAUUUUUUUUCGUGUCUGUGUAUGUAUAUUUUUUAACAAAAACCAGAUGAAAAGAAAAACAAAAUGAAAAUGGAAAUGGAGACGAAAAUCUGAGAAUCUAAAGAAUCUAACGAUCACACGCCGUACAAGAAUGAUAAAUUAAAUUACAUUUUAAAUGUACAUACACCACCAAAAA